AUGGGACGGAUUGGAUGGGCUGUUUUGGGUGGCUAUACAUUGGGAAGUCUACGCGGUAUUUUACCAGAAUUGCGGAAUCCUGAUACGAGGCAGUUGCCUUUUAAACCGUUUAUGACGCGUUUGAUGAAUUCCUCAGUAAAACAUGGUAGUGGUUUUGCUCAUCCAGCCGGUUCUAUUGUUUUUAUGUUCUCUGUUGCUGAUAUGAUUUUUGGAAAACUACGUGCGAAAGAUGAUCUUAAUGCUGUUGCUGCUGGUGCUGUUACUGGAGGACUAUUUCGAUGUGCACGUGGCUUACACGCCUCAAUGGUUGGCGCGGGUGUUGGGACAGUCGCAGCUUUUAUUUGGCUCCUGAGUGAUCAAGAUAGUCGAAAUAGGUUAUGGGAAAUGCGAAAAUAUUUAACCGGCAAACAGGGUUAUAGUUACUGACUCGAAUUUUAAUUCCAUUUGUUAGAAUCGACGGUUUGUUUACAAAGUUUUAAUAGUUUGUUCUGCUAUUAAAUAAGUUACUGGCGUAUUGGUAAAACAAUGACCAAAACUUAAUAUACUUUCAAACCUCGAAUUUCUACAAUGUUUGAAAAAUUGAAAAGUUUUGAUCAUUAUUUCAAUUUUGUGUUCCAGAGUAGCUAGUGUUCUUUUUUGAAAUGAAGUAAAUUCUUUUGUACAUGAUCAGUGCUUUAUUGCUUCAUUUUUUCAUGAAAGAACUUUGAUGUUUUUUGUUUAUCUUUUUUUCUUGAUAUUUCCUUGCCAAAAUGUUUUUUUUCUUUGAAAUUACUUUGUGUGGGACAAGUGGACAAGUGGUCAAUCACUCUUCAUAAUAUAACGAUACAGGAUCUCAAUCAUGCUAUAACAUAGUAAGGCAUAGUAUGAUUAUGGGUUUCAUGCUUGAUGGAAGAAGGUCUCUUUGUUUGUUUUAAAUCAUUUUAACUGCAAAGUGGGAAUUCACUACUUUUUCCUUCUACACUGUCUUGAAAAG